AUGUCAAUCGAUGAUAAUAAUGAUGAACCAUAUCUCAUUCUAAGUGAUCCACGUAAUGGAGAUGCUGAAGUUGAACGUUUUCGUAUUGGUCGUAUACUCUAUCCUCGGUAUCGAAUAACUCCUCCAGAUGUGUGUCCAGUAAACAAUCUACUCACAUUCACUAUCAAAGCUGGUUCAAUGGAUGAUGGACGUCCAAGACGCAAUGAAAUACAUUUAUUUCAAGUUUUAACUUGUCCUGCUCAAACAAUUGUCAAUGUUUUACUGAGAGCUGGAGCUCUAGACAAUGAUUCAUAUGAUCAAGACAUAAAUGACUCCAUGCUAAUCUCCAGGGCUCCAUCUGAACCAAAUCUAAGGAUACCAUUACAAACAAGUUCAAGUGGAAUUCAACUUCCACCAAUGAUUACCAAAGAGGAUAGUGUAUAUAGUGAAUCACAAAUCAAUCGUGAGUGGAUUGACUUAGAGGUUGCACUGCUUAAUCACUGUUUUGAUGACAUUGAAUCAAAUUACAAAAUUUUGAAAAGCAGAACAACUCGACAGUUCUCUAAAUCAGCACCAUCUGUUGCUACAUCGAGUAAAUCAAAAAGUCGAGUUUCAAGUAUUAGUGUAAAUCAAAAUUCUACUUUGGUCAGUGAGUUAGAUGAACCUGUGAAAAAAUGUGCUGUUGAUUUCUUUGAAAAACUCAAAUUCGCAUGCAUUCUAUUGGCAAGACUUCAAGACUAUCUUGUAGAUCCGAAUUCUGCUCACUUGGCUAGACAACUAUUUGAAUUUUUAAAAUAUGGAGUUGAUGCUACACGAAACCCUAAAACAAAUAGAUCAAGCAUUGCUCAAUCAACUAUUUAUCCACUAUUACCAGAUUAUGUUGUGCUUUUUAUUCAAUCGAACUUGACAAAUGAAUAUGAAAGACUAUGGCGCAAUCUUGGCGAUGCAUGGAAUGUACCAAGGAAGGACUCUCCUUACGAAGAUCGCGUUUAUAUACCCAACUUUGAGAACAGAUUCACGGUGGUUCCACAUGAAUACGAACCAUCAUUGUUUAAAUACAACUCUCCAAAUGUGAUUGAUAGACAAGAGACAAGAUAUAUGCUCCCGCCAGGCAGUAAUUUUAAUGUGAAUCAAUCUUCUAGAACACCACGUGACAAAACCAAACUUGUCCAAGUUAUUGAGUCGUUUGAAGCAAGCUCUGAAAGAGAAUUAACAGUAGAAAAUGGUGAAUGGGUAAAAAUUUUAGAAAAGAAUGGAAAAUGGUAUAAAGUUCAGAAUAAGUUUGAUGAAGAAGAAACGAAGAAAAUUAAAUAUGAAUUCGUUGAAGACAUUCAAAGAACUCUAAAGAAAUUAUUUAGUUUUAAUCAAAAUACUUUCAUCUCUUGAGUAAAGAUCAUUGUAAUUUUUUUCCUACUGCACAACUCUCUUUGUUCAGAAGUUUACGAGACCUUUUUCCAUUUGUUCGUUUUUGGCAAAAUAUUUAGUUAGAAAUAAAAUCAUAACCGUAAGGUAAUCAGAGUUGUGCUUGUAUUUUCGUAGUAUAGUAGUAAACCCUAAAACACAACUGAUUGAGUCUGAUCACAUAAUAUUUCCCUAAUUACUUACAGCACUAUUUAAUACGUUUAUCUCAGUCACUAAAUCCCCUAGGAUUUAACGCCCACGGUAUGUCUAUCUGGCAAACUCUACAGUUUGACGGUGACAUCUAGAAUGCAAUUCCUUGACCACAAUACCGAAACACCACCAACUGUCAAACAAGCAGGCAAGUACACUCCGACGCUUUACGUCUGUAUCAACUUCAAUCAAAUUCUCGA